AUGAACGAAGACUACAGUGAUAUCUAUGAUACAAUCCAAAAGAGGAGCACAGAUGAGGAUCCAGACCCACAGGAGGAAAGUGAUGCUCCUCUCUAUGACAGAGUCCAUGAAGAUGUGUGGAAUGAAAAUGAUCUGUAUGCCACCAGGCUAGAAAACCACGAAUAUGACUAUUUGUCACCAUAUGUCUCAAAAAGUGACGAAGCCACCCCAACCUCCCUGGAGCCAGAAGCAGAUGGCUAUCUCCUGCCUGAUGAGGUGCUUUCUGAGUCCCAGGAGGUCGGAGAUGUCUUCAUAAGAGCCUCACAUUCACCAAGCCAGGAUCCAGAGACUCUCCCGUGGGAACCUCAGGAGAAUGGAAGAGCAGUCGAGGAAGAGGUGCCUUCUUUAUUGAGCUUCAGGGUUCAGCACAGCAAGGUCCGUGUCACAAGCCAGGAUUCCCCUACCAGUCCGUCUGUGACUAUUGGUUUGGAAGAAAAUAAAACAGCUUCCAGCAACCCUGAGAUCUUCCUGUUUGUGAAGGCUGGGAUCGAUGGGGAAAGCAUUGGCAACUGUCCUUUCUCUCAGCGUCUCUUCAUGAUCCUCUGGCUGAAAGGAGUCGUGUUCAAUGUCACCACCGUGGAUCUGAAAAGAAAGCCAGCCGAUCUACACAACCUGGCUCCUGGCACACACCCGCCCUUCCUGACCUUCAAUGGGGACGUGAAGACAGAUGUCAACAAGAUUGAAGAGUUCCUGGAGGAGACCCUAACUCCUGAGAAGUACCCCAAACUGGCUGCAAAACACCGGGAAUCGAACACUGCGGGCAUUGAUAUCUUCUCCAAGUUCUCAGCCUACAUCAAGAACACCAAGCAGCAGAAUAAUGCUGCUCUUGAGAGAGGCUUGACAAAGGCGCUGAGGAAGCUGGAUGACUACCUGAACACCCCUCUGCCAGAGGAGAUUGACACCAAUACCCGUGGGGAUGAGAAGGGGUCCCAGCGCAAGUUCCUGGAUGGGGAUGAGCUGACCCUGGCCGACUGCAAUCUGCUGCCCAAGCUGCAUGUGGUCAAGAUUGUGGCUAAGAAGUACCGAAACUAUGACAUCCCAGCUGAGAUGACAGGCUUGUGGCGGUACCUCAAGAAUGCCUAUGCACGGGACGAGUUCACCAACACCUGUGCAGCUGACAGUGAGAUCGAGUUGGCCUACGCAGAUGUCGCCAGGCGCCUCAGCCGAUCCUGAGCUAGGUUGUCUGGCCAAAUUUAUGCUGCAGAAGAGUUCUACUUCUCCCAAUGGCUUUCAGCUCUACAGACUUCUCCCACAUUGCCUUGGGGAAACAUGAAAAAAAAAUUAGGCCACAUCUUACUGGCACCCCUGAACUCAACUCCAGCCUUCUACCUUCUAAGAUCAGUGCCAUCCUUCUGCCUUGCCCUGCAGGAACCUGGCAAGCAGAGAGGACACGGUAGCAGAUUUUUUUUUCCACCUGCUGGUCUGAUCUAGGGUCAGUGUAUCUGGGAUCCGUUUGCAGAGCUCCCAUGGGAUUGUCACUGUUCCCUUCUGCCAAUAUCACAAUGCUUUCUCGGAUGCUCUAACAGCUUGAAAUGCCAGCGUCUCCCUCCCCUCCUUCCUCAGCAACUGCAGGGUGAUGGGCAAAUGUCAUUACAUGAUUGUUAGGGAGAGAUCUAUGCCUUGAUUGGGGAGACCGUGGUCAUGGGGACUCAGCUGGGUGUGGCUCUGGAUAUCUAGCAAAACAGUUCCAGAUGCUCACUCUUUCUGACAGUGGGCCAGAUGGAGACACCCCCAACACAAUACACCCCAGUUUCCUGGUGCAAUAUGAUUACGUCCUGGCCAGUACUGACCCAAGUUUUCCUCCUGUCUCCAUUUUGCCACAAAGGCAGUUUGACCUAGAACUCUAAACUGAGGUGGCCCAGAUAGGGAGGGACUUCUGGGAAGCAAUGUUGAUGCCAAAAGGCCCACCAGGGUCUACAGCCACAGGGAUCACUGGCUGAAGAGUAAUCAUCCACUGGAGAUCACAUGAGUGUGUGUGUGUGUGUGUCUGUGUGUGUGUGUGUGUGUGUGUGUGUGUGUGUGACUGUGUUCUUCAAUGGGUGGCUUUGAGUUGGAGGAAGAGAUGGAAGUGGAGGGAUGGGAGGAGAUAAAGUUCUAUUUGAGUUUGAUGUAGCCUAGAAAACUUUUAGAGCAGUCUUCUCUCUCAUUAUCUAGUAGAGCAGACUCCAACAUCAGCCAAAAAUGCCUUCCAGGCCCUCCCUAGUCCCUUGCAGAUGUGGGUUGCCACCUGGCUAUGCUCAGGCCCCCAGUUUCUUCAGCCCCAGCCUCUAAGGAAAGAGAAAGUCUAUUAAGGAAUGGAGCUAUCUGGGCUACCUUAGGAAGAAAGUCCAUGGGUCUUUCUGACUGGGAAGCCACAACUUGAAUUUGGAAAAUAUGUACUGCCUUGGGUUCAUUUUCCCGCCAUCAGAUUCAUAUAUCAGACUUUCAAGAAAGAGAAAUCUUUUUUUUUUUUUUAAUUUUUUAUGAACUACCAUUUUUCUCUUUAGUAAUUCUCCUUGGGUUUUACCUACAACUCCCACAGGGUGUGACCAUGGGAACCUUGGCAGAUUAGAAACUAUGACAAAUUAGUCAAUCAUUAGCUCUUCCUCUACCAGGGAGCUAGUGAGUGCCUAUAAGAAAUCCAACCCCAGGGCCUCAACUUCAACAAUCCUGCUUCUGUGUCACUGACAGUGGAGGCCCCUGAGAGCCGGAAAGGCUCUGGACUUGGCUCAUUGCUUUGGAGGGUGGAGCAGCACGGGUCCUUUCCAUAGAAAUAUCAACAUGGUCUAACCCAAGCAGUCAUUGAGCCCUCCUGCCUCUAGGGAUCUCCAAAGUAAGAGUGACCAUUGAUCCAAGGAGGGAGGACGCGGGAGGUCUCCCUAGCCCACUGGGGAAGAGGACCCUGCCUAGGGCAUUUUAUAAACCUGAAAGGGCUUUGAAGAGGCAAAAUGAGUCGAUUCAUUUCCAUCUCUACAGGAACCUUUCCACAGGCUCUCCAUAGGCUACCCCUGGGGAUGUUUAAACGUUAGCACUGCUGAGUGAACAGCCCUUUUUUUUUUUUCAGGGAAGAGCCCAGAAUUGGCCUCUUGAGGAAGGAGAACUUCCGGAACCAUCCGGAAAGCUGUUUAAUUAAAAGAAAACCACACUGUUCUAGGGAUCCUUCCUAGAAUUUACAAGCAGGCAGGGUGAACCCAGGCAGCUCACGCCUCUAUUUUCCACAGGUGGGCUGAUGUUAAAGAUAUGAAGACUAGCAUACAUACCGAGGGGCUUCAGAGGGAGGGGAAGAAAACUCCUCAUGUGAUGUUCUGAGCCCAGCAAUUGGCAAGUCUUUAAAAACAUACUUCCUAAGCCAAGUCAAUAUUGUUUAUAGAUGGUCCUCCUAUGGUUGAGUUAGUUUCACAAUAUUUAGGCAAUGCUGGAUGCUAUAGGAUCAAUCAGAACCCUUUAAAGAGAGGCGAGAUUGUAGAAGGGAGACUUUCCUAAGUACUUAAAUGCAGAAGUAACAUUAAUAUUAUCGGAUAACUGGCCAAUGUCUCAGUACAUAAUUAUCAUGGUAUAUAAAAAACAGCAAGAAAGUCAAUGAUAAUUACCCACCCUACCCCUCCAAAGAGAUUUUUCUCUGGAGACUCUAGCUUCUUUGGACCUUGGUAUGUAUAUGGUUUACCAUCUGCAGUCACCCUGCAUUGAGGUUCCGAGUCUCAGCUCAGACCAUGUGGAAGGUUUUGUAGUCUGUACUUUACCUGCAGAAACUCUGGAUAAGAGCUAUUCUGGUAAAUGCCAGGUCCCCCAGGAAGCAUUUGGAUGAAAAGGAAGCUAUCUUGACAGAGUUUCCAUUCCUCUCUCACCUGGAUUGUCACGUGACAAUCUUGUAUGUAAGAAACAUGAGUGUUUCUACCUGUUUUAAAUUGCUCACUUCUUAGGUUGAUCCAGAGAGAAGACAUUCAUUAAGAUGGUAGUAACUAUCCACAGUUAAAUAGAAAGUGAAUUGUUUGCUUGUUUCAGAAUAUAAUUUCAUAUUCUCCAAUUUACUGGUAAGUUCAGGAUCACAGUCAUGUGUCUAUCUCACCUUUUAAACGAGGUGUGUCUAGGUAGCCUCCUGGAACCAAAUGAAUCUGUUGCAAAGUAGGAAAGGCCAGUCAGUUUAUUUAGCCAGUCGAUCCCAAACUAGUUUCAGCUUCCUGAUUGGUGGCAAUGUCCUUACUGGUCCCCUCUGGUGUUGAUGGGAACAGGCAGGAUCUUUUCUUUUUUUCUUCUUCAAAAACAAGCUUCUCCAAAAGCGAGGUCUGGGCAGAACCUUCUGGUACCUUCUGGUUCUUGUGAGGUGAAGCAACAAUAGUGAUGACAUUGUGUGUGUCUGGAGGCAUGGACAUUCUGCAGACAGACAGUCCUUAGCAGGUUAGUACCAUUAGGGAAUGAAGCAUGCCUGGCACAGAGAGACAGUGACUGGCCCAUGUAAAUGGUAUUAUGAGGAAAACUGAGGCAGAAGCUGUGUGUCCAUCUAAUAAAAGUUCGCCAUCGCUAAAAGAGUUUGCAUCUACAAUCAAAUCCUCGUAGAAGCAGUAGGUGUUUGUUUGGUAGAUACUUCUGGGGUUUCCCUCCAUUCCUCCAUGGUCUAGGAGUCAGCUCAGCUGCAAGAUGAAGCAGGAUACUAAUAUGACCUUGCUUGGAAACAUGAAACACUAACUCGUGGUCAAAACUAAGUUCACUGAUUCUCAAGGAUUAUCUUUUGAGAUCUACAUGUUUAUAUUAUCCAUAUUCAUAUAUAUUAUACCUAUAUAUGACAUUACAAGAAACCUUUAGAAAAGUUGAAGGAAAGAAGUGUGCCUGUGAGGCCCCAGACUCUGGUGUUGGGAGAACAUUUGUGAUCUUGUCAUUGGCUUUGGGGCCCUUGUACAGACAGGCCAGUGACUUUGUAUCCACUGCUCUUUAUCAUUCAAACUAACAGCUUGUGCCUGAGUUGUAAGUGUAUUUUAUUUUCUGUUACCAAUAUUUCUCUUCCAGCCUAGUUUCAAGCUAUGUUCAUCUCAUUAUUAUGAAUGAGAUACUCAUUAUUAUGAAUGACUAUAAAUCAAACUGCACAAUCUUAUUUAAUGUUGUUUCAGGAAAUAGAUCUAUUCGCCACUAUCACCACAUGCACCAGCAAACAUAAACAAAACAUUGCUCCAAUAUAAGGUUUGACUUAAACCGUACUGUCUAUAAAAUCAAUCUGGUGUUUGGCAAAAACAGUUUUGAAGACAUGGUGUUUUUGUAUAUAGCUAGAGAUGUCUCAACAUCAACUAUGAAUAUAUUUAUAGAAGAUAUAAGGCUAGGAUCUAGCUUGGUUGUAGAGUGUGUGCUUAACGUGCAUGAAGCUCUGGGUCAGAUCUCCAGCCCUGCAUAAACCACGCAUGGUAGCAAACACUGGUAUUCCCAGCACAAGGGAGCUGAAGGCAAGACGAUCAAGGUCAGCUGCAAAGCAAACUGGAGGCCAAUCUGAGCUACAUGAGACCCUGCCUCAAAACAAGUAAAAGCAAGUAAAAUAGUCAGCUGAUACUUGAAUUUCUCCUGCCCCUCCCCCACAGUCACCUAGUUUUUUCCAUUUUAUAAGCUGAGGAGUUAACCGAUUAGCAGUUAUGAUUCAUUGUAUGUAGAGACACUCCAAAUGAUGGUAACUCACAUUUUUUCUUUGAGACAUUUGACUGUGGUGAGAACAUAUCUUGCUUUCAAGCCUUACUAAAUACACCAUGCCUUUGAAUACAUACCAAGUCGAGUGUUUUCUUCUUAUCCUUGAGCCAGCUGUAAAUGCAUUUCCUGGUCUUGAUUGGUAUUGACUGAUUGAAAUAAAGUUGGUUUAUUUUCAAAUAUUACAA